AAUUAUCUGUAUUUUGGCUUCUGAAAUUUUAUAGUUUCAUUUAAUAUAUUCAGAUCUCUAACAUGAGUAUAUAUUUUUUUAAACGGUAGAAGAUAAGAAUUGAACUUUUCCCAAAUAGAAAAUCUAUUGUCACCGUCUAUUUAAUGUUUAUAGCUUCGUUAGUGGUUUUGAACUCUAUUUUAAAUAUUUCAUUAGGACUUAUAUAUUCAUUGGUGUUCUAGGGCCUCUCUUUACUUUGGAUAAAUUUUUUUGCCUAAUUUUUCAUUUUUUAAAUUACCACAGUAUACAUAUACCAGUUUCUUAAUUUUUUCUGUACAACAUUUGUUUGCUGUGUUUUUGCAUUUUUUUUCCAAGUGUGCUUAUGAAUAAAUUGUCAAGUUCUGUGGGAAAUGUUGGGUGUUUUUAGUUGAAAUCGGAUAGAUCUGGAAGGGAGAUGGACAGCUUUAUAUAGUCUUCCCACUCAGAGAAAGAGAACUAUGUCUUACCAUUUAUUGUAGCCUUUUUGGAUGACCAUCAGUGUUCAGUGUUUUUAUAUGCUUGUUUACACAUCUCUUUUAAGUUUAUCCCCAGGCAUGUCAUAUUUGUUUCUGUAGUUGUGAAUGGGGUUUCUGUUGCACUACCCCUCACCCUUAAAACCCGCUGCUGGAGAUGGAACCAAGGUCCUUGGCUUGCCAGGCGAGUGCUGCAGCACCAGUGACACCUUGGACCAUUGCAUUUUUUAAUUACUGGGUGCACAUUAGAAGUGCUAUUUUUUUGUCAUCUGCUCUAUGCUAGCAUCUCUGACAUCUCCUAUCCCUCUGUCCUGUACCCAUGCCACAUUGUUUGAGCCUCUGUGGUAGUGCUGUAGUGCUUGGGUAUGGAUUUCUAGUGGUGGGGUGCUCAUCUAAUCAUCUUAUUGUCUUAUCAGUACCUGACACAAAAACUUGACAUGCAGUAAAUCCUCUUAAUAAACACUUGUGGAAUCAUGUUGGUGAGAGGGACAGUAGGCUUUAUGUGCUAGUUUGGGCCAAGAUAAGAAGCGGAGCCCAACACAGCCCUGGCUCCAAGCCUGCAGGCUGCGAUCUGUAUGACAGAUGGGGCACUCUCCCUGCCCCCACAGGAAGGAGUCCUGGGCCAUUUUCCCACAUGCAGAUGUCAGGGAGGAGCCCACACCUCAUAAUUACCCUGGAACUAACAACCCACUUGUCAUUAACCCUCAUUAGUAUUAACUGGGAAGGGGAGCUGCUUUUUUUUGGUUCCCAAAACACCUGAAGAUAGCACCAAACAAACAUACCUGCAAGUUCUCUUUGGGGAGGAGGACUCAGUAAGCUCUAGAAGUAGAGCUUAUAAAGAUCACCAGUGAAGCUGGCUCCAGACCUGCAAGCCCAGUCUCCAUUUGCACCAAGGUAUCAUUCUUCUUCCUGCUGCUGUCCUCCUUUAGAGUCUGUGUCCCUUGCAUGUUUCUUAGGCCAGGUUUAUUUCUAUCAGGGUGCUAGUCCUUCCCAUGAUGUUUGUGUGUUAAGCUUUUAUUAGUAAUUAGGGAUAAAAGGCUCUGUUUCUCGAGGAGGCUGUCAGGGCUUGCCGCUGCUCCCUCUCCCCUGACCCUCAGGCAUUCAGGCUGUGCUGCCCUAAAAUCUACGGUGGGGAUAGAGACGUCUGCCUGUUUAGGAGGGUUGGGUUCACUAGCACACACAAGCGAGGGAAUCCUCUUCCCUGUAGCGGGCAGUCAGGGAGGCGUACUAAUGACCUGGAGAAGUGGGAAUCCUCGCUGUCCCUAAACAGGGUCAGGGUUUCUGUCUAUACACUUGCACAGAAUGAAGGUGGGAGUGGAGAAUGUGAGCGAGAGCCAGUUUCUGUCAGGGUGUGUGUCGCAUGUCACCUGUUUUGCUUCACUGGUGCAGUGAACUGUUACGCAUUUAGCUAGUGGUCUGGGCUCGCCCUCCCUCCGUCUCACUCAUCCCUCACGCUCAGGCCAGCGGAGGAGAUGAAACCACUCUUCCAGCUCCUUUGCUGGUUUGUUUUAAUAGGAGUAUAGAGACAAUAGGAGUGCAGCCAAGAAAAGUUGAGAAGUGAAGUGAAAACACUGCUCUGGGCCCCUACUCCAUCUCAUCAGCAUCUCCUUGGACCAGAAUGCCCACCUGGGGUGGGAGCAGCACUUUGUGCCAGGUGGCUUCAGGGCUGAGAGAGGGGCCCCUCCUGGCAGCCACGGCUGUAGCCCUGCCAGCUCUGCAGGAGCUGCUUUCUCAGGGUGCCAAGACAGAUGGACCUCCAUGAACCCCUGGAGUCAUUCCAAGUGCUUCUUCUGGAGCGAGUGCAUUCCAGCAGUGAGGCUGCCGUGAGGGGUUGCUCAGGACUUUAGCUCAUGUGUUGGACAGAACCUGUUCCUAUCUCUACCUGCCUUGUCCAUGUGUUGUCCUCUUUUGAAGACAGAGGCAUUGACCACUGACCUGACAGGCUCAUGUGUGCACUGGGAGGUUCCAAGAUCCUGUGCCUUUAAGAUCCUGGAUCACCCACCUUCUGAGCGACUUGGGGCUCCCCCCCCCCCACCUCUCCCUCUUGUCUGCACCUGCCUUCUCUCCAGCAGGGUUUGGGUGGGAGCUCAAAGGAUAGUUAACAGGGUCAAUUGUGUUAGAAUUCAGUCCCCUCAAACGGGGCCUGACAGCGGGACCUGGCAACGCACCUGUACCAGCUUCUUGAGGGUGAGUUCCGUGUUGGCUGCAGUUUGAGAACCACUGGUCUGGGAAAAGAGGGCUGUGCUGCUUUGGGCUCCCCAAAAAACAAUCAGGACUGAAAAGCUGUGUCUUUAAUUGCUGUGAUGGUUGUGAAAAGGCCAGAUGUUAGGCAAACGCUUAUAAAAAAACAAGGGAGAUUACAUGUAAAAGCUGUUGAUUUCAACAAACUUUUUUUUUUUUUUGAGACAGGGACUUGCUACGCAGUCUAGUGUGGCUUGAACUCACUACAUAGCCCAGGCUGGCCUCCCAGUGCUGGGGUUACAGGCAUGCACCACCACACUAGGCUAUUUCCAAUAAAACUUUUGCUGUUGUCCACUAUAAAUUCUGUGAAUUGCAGAAAAAUCAGAAAAUUCAGCUAAGCAAACAGAAAACUCUAAAAGUCUUUAAUUUUUUCACUUAGAACUCCUGUUAAUGUUUUGGUCUCUAACAUUAUUAUUUUCAUUUUGCUGUCUUUUUUACUCACUUAUCAAAAUAAUGCAUUUAUUAUAAAAAUAUUUUCUAGCCAGGCAUGGUGGCUCACACCUGUAAUCUCAGCACUCAGGAGGCUGAGGCAGAAGAACAAAAACAAAACAAAACAACCCACUUUCUAAUUGGGAUAAAAAUGGUGUAAAAGGUCUUGCUCUACAAAUCUUUUAUUGCUAUACUAGUUAUGAUCCACAGAUUUUCUUUUUCUUAUGUGCAUUUUCUUAAGCAUUUGUGAGAGUUUCAUUUAUUAGUGGUUUCAGUUGUCACAUUUAGGCAGAUAUUGCAAGUUCUUUUAACUAUUUGGUUAUAUUUUGCCAAACUUUUAAGAUGUGGUCAGAUGAUCACAUUUCACUUCAGCAGUUGAUCAGUUAGGUUUUUGUCUUGUUUUGUUUUGUCUCAGUUGUGCCAGAUAGAACAUGAGCUAUUAUAGUAGCAAAUUUUAAGAGAAACUACUGAAGGGAACCUGGGAAAGUGUGAGCCAGAUGUAUUCUCUUCACAUUUUCUUUACCCAAAUAACGUGAAGAAGUUCAGUGCAUUUUCUAGUUUAGGUCUGGGGUGGGGCCUGAGAAAAAUUUUUGCUCCUCACAGGUUCUUAGGGGAUACUGCUGGCAGUUUGUGUUGUUUGUUUGUUUUGUGAGUUGCAAGGAGCCAGAAGUGUGCAAACUUGCCUGAUCAUCAUAGCUGCCUGCUGAGCAUUUUGGAACUCAGUUUUCUGGGCAUUCUGGCUAUGUCAGGCUGCUUACCUGAGUCUCAGGCUGUCUGGCGGAGGAGUCCUGAGCCACUGGCUCCUCGUCUGUACAUAUGAUGGAGACCAUAGUGCUUACCUCAGAGGGGCCUGGGAGAACUAAAGAGGUGUACUCAACUGUUAGGCUUGUGGCUACUUCUCUGGCAGGUUUCUUUUCUGGUGGUUUAUAUUUUUGCUAUUUCUAUCUCAUUUUAAAAUUUCAUAAAAUGUAAUCCAUUCAUUUUUUCAAAGUUUUAUGUGGCUGAUUUGCUAAGUUGCCCAGACUGGGCUUGAACUUGUGAUCUUUGUGCCCAACUUCCUAGAAUGGUGGAAUUACAGAUGGCCACUACCAUGCCCAGCUUGCUUUGCUUUUUUUUUUUUUUUUAAUCCUGUCAGAGGUUUAUUUUAUUGGGCUUUUGGAGAUCUAUCUCCUGGUUCCAUUUAUAAGUGCUACUACAUUUUGUUUUGUAAUUGACUAUUUUUGUCUUUAAAUAAUUCAUUUUUUCCUUUUCUUUUUAAUUCUCUCAAUAUAAAGUUUAGUUGCCUUUUUAUUUAGCAAGAGUUUAUGAAAUUAUAAACUUUUCUGUAACUGUUGAUCUCAUUGAUACUAAUUCAUCUUUAGAUCUAUAGUUGUGCAUUUGAUAUCCCCUCCUCUGCCCCAUUGCUAUAGUUACUUGUGUUUAGGAGACAGGCUUAAGAUUUCCAGAUGUCUUACUGCCUCUAUUAGAGUAGGAUGAGGCCUGCUUGUCUCAGACUCUGUUGCUUGGCACUGUGAGUCUUGUGCUCUGUGUGGGCCUGUUUGUCUGUGGCUGGAACAUCUGUGUGCAUGUGUAUGUGCAUGGGUACUUGCUCCCGAGCUUCAGGUUAGGGAUGUGGGGUGCACACAAAAUGCAGAGGGGAAGGAGGGCGAAGGUCCCAAUCCCCAGGCUUCUCCUGGUGGCACUGCUGGCACUAUCCUUUUGAAUGUGCCCUGAACUCCAAACAGUGGGAGUAGGAGGGUUCCUCAGUGUCUAAGCAGGGACUUCAGAGGACCUGCCUUCAGAGUCCUCCCGCUGCCGUUGACAGCGUCUGACAGGGACUGCUUUAUCCUGCGUCCUCAUCCUCUGAGUGUGGGAUGUUGCCUUUCACAGAAACUGGAAGAUUUAGUGAAUGUCCAGGAAAACUAUUUCAAAAAAUUCUUUUCACCCACAUUCCCAAAUGUUAACAUUUUGCUACAUUUGCCUUUAAAAAAAAAUCUUUCUGGGAUAAAUACAAAAUUAAUUAAUUUUAUAUUUAUAUGUACAUAGUUUUUGGUGGUGGGGCUUGAGAUUGAAAUGUGCCCCUACUACUACACCCUCCAGCCUUAUUUUUCUGUAAUUUUUGUAAUUCACAUGGCAGCAAACUAGGAGGUCCGAUGCCCUUUACUUUUAAACAGUUUGGUGUGUUUAUUUUUCUAAAACUACAUAAGUGACCACAGAGUAAUAAUCAAAAUCAGGGUACAAUGUAGAUAUGGGUAGGAGUCUAAUUUACAAAUCUUCAGACAGACCUUCAUGCAGAUUUUACCAGCUGUCAACUAUUGUGGGAGAAAACACUCAUUUACCUACUCUAUUUAGAGGUGUGGUUCUUUGUUUUUUUUAAAAGACUCCUUUGAUUUGUGGCAGGUUAUCAUUUUUUCCCCUGAGUCAGUGCUUUUAAGGACAUUAAAAAAUAAGCUAAUGAGGAAUUUGGUCCCCGAUAGGUAAAAUAACUUGCCUAGGGCACGUAGCAAGACAGUUCUAGAGAAACGGGGAUAGAUACCUAUACUCUCCAUUAGGGCUGACCUGUGGGCACCCAGAGUACCCAGGUCUAUGUCACUCGUUCACAGGCAGAGAGGUGCAUCAGGGCCAGCUCCUGAGGCAGCUGCCUUCUCUGGGCACACUUUUGCCCCUCCACUUUGCAAUGUCCAGCAUUGCCCCUACCUCACCCCUUCACUGCUGGUUUUGUGUUGGCCUUGGAUCAAGACCAUAGCUAGAGAGAGGAGUUUAAAAGUGGGCUUUGCACUGCCUUUCCAGAAAACAGUUCAGGGGGAGUGCUCACUACCCAGGGUGUGGCACAGCUGUUGCUUUCUGAAGAGUAACGUCCUCAGGCUACACAACUACCCUACCACAGCUUUGGGGUCUUUGACUGGAGCUUGUUCAUUUCCAGCCAGAUGGCUUCUGAGGUAUUCCAGCUAAACUAUACCUCCAAGGCAGGACUAGAACAAGCAGGUCACCAGCUCACCCGCUCUGAGUCCUUGCUCCAGCAACAGCAGCGGUAGUAGGAGUGGUUGUUUGCAAUUAUCUGGGGGGUUGCCUAACAGAUAAUUGACUGUUAGGUUAUCUUAGAGUACUAGACCCUGCUAGUAUUGUGGGCGUUAAAGACAUAGAUUGUUGUUUUCAACAAAUGAUUUGUAUUCAACUGCCAAAGGGCAAGCUUAUUGCCUAACACACAUUCUUGCUGGGCCGCCCCCUGCACCCCAGGGUGUUCUGCCUUUCAGAGCCUGGCCUAGAGGUGUGGGAGGGACUCUCCUUGUCUUUGAUGGGAGAAGAACCACCUGGGAUAGGACUCCGGUUUUCACUUUCAUUGAUGACUUAAUGGGGGAAAUCCAGGAGAGUCUGUGAAGAAAGCAAAAGACCGGCUUUUCCUGCCGCUCUAGAUUUUGCUUCGUCCUUUUCCUUUUACCGCUGUUGAGAGCGAGCUCACCAGCGCAGCCGCUCCCUCCUUGAGCAGUAUUCAGCUUCCGCGUUUGCCUUAGAGCUUUUCAAAUCACAUUCUUGAGAUAUAAGUUACUAAUAAUUCACCCAUUUAAAGUGUACAGUUCAGUGAUUUUUAGUGUAUUCAGUGUAUCUUUGUAUAACCAAGACCACUAUUUCGUAAAAUGUACAUCACCCCCAAAAGAAACUUUAUGGCAAAUAACAUUCAUCUCUCUUAGGUUCCCCCAAAGCGUUUAGCCCCUAGCAACCACUAAUUAACUUUUUCAAUGUAUUUUCCUAAUCUGAACUUUUCGUUUAUGGAAUUGUAUAGUGUGUUGCUUUUUGUGUCUGAUUUAUUAAGCGUUGCAAUAUUUUCAAUGUUCAUCCAUGUAGCAUGUGUCGAUAUUUCAUUCCUUUUAAUACCUACCUAAUAUUUCAUUAUGUGAACAGAAAAUGUUUUGUGUAUUCAUUCAGUUGAUGGGCAGUUGGAUUGUUUACACUUUUUGGUUAUGUGAAUAAUGCUGGCAGGAAUGAUCAUAUACUAGUUUUUUCUUUUUUGUGAACAUAGCCAUUUUUAAAAUAGGCUUGUCUUUUUACUGUUGAAUUAUGUUUGCUAUGCAGACAGGAGUCCCUUAACAGUUACAUAGUUUGCAAAUACUUUUUCCAGAUACAGGGUUUUUUGUUGUCUCCUUUGUUGGUAGUGUUCUUUGGAAUGCAAGUGUUUUUAAUUUUGGUAAACUAUGGUUUAUCUUUUGUUCUGCUGGCACCACACUAAAAAACUGGCACCUAAUAUACGGUAUUAGAUGAUAUAAGAUAUAAAAUGUAUAUUCCUGUGUUUUUAAGAGUUUCAUAGUUUUACUUCUUACGUUUAGGUCUUAGAUCCAUUUUGACUAAAUUUUUAUGUGUGGUAAAGCAGGUAUCCAAAUUCAUUCUGUUGCAUAUUGCUGUAGUUUUCCAAGUAGCAUUUUCUAAAAUGUGUGUUCUCUUCUACUGAAGUAUAUUGAAGGUUCUCCUCAAAAACCUAGUAAGGUUUUUGAGAUGGUUUUACUAAAUAAGAUAGCUAGUUUGAUUACUAGAACUUUUUAUUAUUUAUAUUAAUUAGCUAAUAUUAAUAUUUAAAUGAUCUGUGCUCUUAAGAAUUUGCAGUAAGGGAUUAGGUUUUUCUUAUUUUUAGCUAACACAUAAUUGUACAUAUUCAUGGGGCAGAGUAUGACAUUUCAGCACAUGUGCAAAGUGUAUAAUAAUAACAGAAUUGUUAGGAUAGCCAUCACCUAUCUUUUUGGGGGAUAAGGACUGAACCCAGCUUUUCACACUAAGCCAUAUUACCACUGCCCUUUUGUAUUUUUAUUUUGAGACAGGGAUUUGCUAAGUCAUUGAGUUGCACGUGUUGAAUCCAAACUUGUGAUCCUCUUGCCUCAGCCUUCCAUAGUGCUGGGAUUAUAGAUCUGAGCUAUUGUUCCUGGCUAACAUUUAUUUUUCCUUUGUGUUGGGAGAAUCUCUACUAGCCAUUUUGAAAUGUACAAUGAAUGGCUGUACACAGUUACCUUAUUAUGUUAUAGAACAUUAGAAAUUACUCCUGUUCAGUUGCACUUCUAUACUCAUUAACCAUCCUCUCCAGUUUUUAAAAUUUCUAAUCCAUCAUGGGGCUGAUCAUUGUGUAAAAUACAGUAAAAAUGAAUUACUGGAAAAAUGAUCACAUGCUUAGACACCAUGGCAAUGUCAAACUGUAGUGUAAGUUCUAAAAUUAAUACUUAUUCUCAGCUUUAUACUUAUCUUAUGGUAAACUGAUGGGGAUUACAGAGCAGCACUGGUCCUUGAGUCUAGCAGUAUUGGUCAAGACCUUGCUGACCGUGCUUAGUCUACUUAUCUGUCCCCUACUGGCAUGUCUUAGACUGGUGUCUCUUAAACAGUGGCCUUGGAGGCCUCAUUACUGUUGCCUGAGGCACUGGAAUAGCAGAUAUGGGUGAUACCAUUAUUUUCCUACAGUCUCGGAGGGGCAGGUGUCCUCAGGGCUUUCUGGAGACAUGCCCUCAAAAUUGUCACCCAAGUAGCAUGAAACCCUUGUGUUAAUCUGAGUGAAACUCCUACUGUUAUUAUCAAGGUUGUCAUCCUACAGCAUUUGGGGCUAGUAGAGUCCAUCCAUUCAGGUUUGUCUUAGUUUAUCCCUUUCCAUAGGAGAGUCAUAAGCCCAGACAGAUGUCACAGGACCUAAGAAACCACAUUAUGACCAAACUGGUGAUCUGUGGACAGGCUGUGUGUGCCAGGAAAAUGUAGCAAACCAUGAAAGAAUCUAGAGAUUCAACCUUGGUCUCUGUGUGUGCUGUGUGUACCACAGGGAGAACAGUGCCAGCUAUUAAAUAUGAAAUUCUUGAAAAUUAACAAAGGGGGACAUGCUUAUGAUACAGUAAGGGAAGAAAUUAUCAUAUAAAAACCCACUGAACAUACUCAUAUUCAGAGGUGGGGUGGCCAUGUCAGUGCAUGGUUCAAAGUUUUUUAGAAAGUGCCAAAUACAAAUUAGUCAUCUGUGGACAGUGGGUGUCUUACACUGUUUUUACUUCUUUAUUUUUAACUUUACAGUGAAAAGAGCCUUCUAUUUUCCUUUCUCUCUGAGAAGCUUUUACUGAAACUGUUCAUUUUCUUCCUUAUCUUUCUGUUUUUAGGAUCUUCCCUUAUUUUCUUAGGUCACCCACCUGGGGUGUCCCUGGCUCCGCAAUGAGUUUAUAGUAUGCCUUUGAUAUUCUAUCAGUAAGUACACAAAAGACAACUUCACUUGAGAUAAAUUAACAGUUAGUGUGGGUUUCCAUUGCUUUCAUUGUAUGUUCAAAGCCGCAGAGUAUGUGACAUAAGCUUAUACUGCUGCGAACAUUCUAGUGAAGGUGGUAAGAUGUAAGAUUGUUAAAGGAACUUACUUUACAGUGAGAUUUAAGACUAAUUUAAACACCUAGCAAGUCCCUGAUCAGGAGGCAAGGACUCUGCUCCCUUCUCAUUGCAUCCCCAGUGCCAAAAAUAAUGUUGAAUAUGUAAAUGGAUGAAUAAGUAAACAUACAUACUUUUUUCCUUGGUGCUUAUAAUUAAAGAUUUUGAUAUGUAUAUAAUAUUGCAUUGAGUUGUAGCAUAGUCUACCAAAACAGUCCCCUCACAUUUGAGUUUUUGGUUUGCACUAAUGUGUAGGAGAGUUUUUAUAAAUGUAAAUCUAUUAGCUUAGAUUCCUAGGAACAGCACUAUUGAAUGGAAAUGACUUUAUUGUCUCUGAUAUAUGUGUUCAUUUAUUUGUUUAUCGAUCUGUUCAUUUAUUUUUUACUGUCUGAAUCAAAAGAGAAGGUUGAAGUUAAGCGUUAGAGGGCACCUUGGCCUGGGACUUGGGGAUAUGGUUUCUAGGCUCAGCAGAUUGAGUGUCAGUCUACCGGUGGUGUGCUGGGGUGAAGACAGAGGUGGGGUGACCAGUCAUGGAACCUUCUCCUGUGGUUGUCCUAGAGAUUAAGAGAUAAAGCCAAUUGAAAGAAGGUACAUCUAAAAUGCUCUCAAGAGGAGCACUUAGCAGGUAUAGGACCCUUUUUUUUUUUGUGGAGACAUAAAGAGGCGGAUAUAGAAAGUGAUGGAAGGGCUGGGGAUUUAACUCAGUGGCAUAAGUGCCUGCCUGGCAAGCACGAGGUCAUGAGUUCAAUCCCCAGUACCACAAAAAAAAAAAAAAAGUGAUGGAAGUUUGAACCCGCAUGCCAAGAACAAUGGCUCUUGACUUUUUGUUUUUAAAGGAUAUCCAGAGGAGGAGUUGCUAGGGAAAGGGGAGAAGGGGCUGAGAUAUGUUUUAAAUGUGUGGGCUUAAGUUGCAUCUGGGUGAAAUCCUAUUAGGUAGCUAGAGGGCAGUUAAGGGAAGAGGAAGCUUUUGGGUUACUGUAUAGGCUGAGCAGCAGCAAGUUGGAUGAUGUGAGGUUUCCAAAGGGUGUGUGGAGCUCUGAGAGGUAGAGGGUGGAGAGUAGCUUCUUGCGAGCAUGGAGAAGGUGAACAGAGGACCAGAAUCUAGCAGGAUCACAGAAACCCUGGGAAGGAGGCAUGGCAGUGGUCUGGAUCAUGGAUGAUCUGUCACAAGGCCAGAGGGACAGGAUUCCCUGGUCUUAUCACCCCAGACCCCCAGAUCAGAGAACACAUGAGGUGGACUGAGGUUUCUGUUGCUUUUUUCUCCAUUGUUUCAGGCAGGACUUUCAGGUGAUUGCAGUCAUGACCUUAACUACUGAUGUCUUAUAGUUAGUUAUCUGGUCUACCAGCAACGGCUAUGGAUAGUGUAGCUUUACAAUGAGAUGUGUGAUUUUUUUUUUAAGACUUUAGGUUUAGGAUAAGACAACUGGAUCAUAUUCCCUAAUUUCCUGCUUCUGACAGCAGUAGGGUUCUCCAAGUGACAGCUAUGCCCCUUUUCUUAGCCCGGUGUGUAAAGUUAGUCUUAUGGUUGAUAAAUGGAUGCUUCUUUGCCAAAAAUUAAUUUUUCUCCAGAUUUUUGAGUAGUUGGCUAAAGAUUUGUGUGUGUCUAUUUUGGAAUAAAAAAAAUUACGUACCCUUGUGCUCUUGUGAAAGUAAUAAGCAGGGGGCACCCUCACUUGAUGGGUUCCAGGGAGAGGCUGCGAUCUAUUAGUAAUUAUUGGGCCCCUCUGCAGACGGAAAGAUUAAAACCUUGGUAACUGGUAAACCGCGGUAUCUACUUCAGGCUCCUGAUGAUGGGCAUCAGCCGCUGGCCAUCUUCGUGCCUUGGAAUUGGUUAUCCUGUCUGUGCCUCAUUUGCUCAUGUGCUAUAAAACGCAAGUGGAGUUGUUGGAAGCGUUGAAAGGCGUAUUUAAACCCAGAGGUGCUCUCUGAAGCCAGAGUUUGCAGCCAGCACUCAAAACUCGCCGCUGCUGCCUUCCCCAUUCCUCUCCCUGCCCCGGUGACACACCUGAGCUGCCCUUGGGCUUUGAGGGAUUUGGGGCCCUUCAGGGAAAGUGGACGAGGCCUUUAGCCAAGGGCUGGCUGGCUGGCCGGCCGUCAGGGGCCUGCGGUGCUCCAGUGUUUGCUUGCUUGUUUCCUUGGCCUUUCCGAUGGGGGCAGGGGCCGGGGAGCGCAGGGUGUGAGAGCGAGUGGGCGGGGCUGCGGGCCACCCGCGAGCCGCCGCCGGCCGCCCCGGCUGAGCGGGACGUGCGCAGCGUGGCUGGGCGCAGGGCCCCGGCGGCCGCCGGGCCGCGUGCACGCGCGCGCGUGUCGGGGGAGUCGCGGCUGGCGGGGGAGCCGCCUGCGCGUCACGACCUGGUUCUCGGGUGCUGGCGGCUUCAGAGGCAGCCGCUGCUGCAUUUUGCCAGGCCUCAGAUGUGGUCGGGCUCCAUUUCCUCCCUGCUAGCCUCUGGCCCGGCUGCCACCGACGCUUCGGGCAGGGGCUUCCGUCAGCAGAGCUGGAUCCUGCGCGCUGGCUGCAGACGCAGAGGCUGGCUGGGACCCCGCGAGCGGAGCUGCUCUGCGGGGUGCGCCCUGGCCCCGCCCGACCGUGCACCGCGCUCUGCGGCCGGGAGCUGGCCGUUCUGCGAGCGCUUGCCUUUGGGAGACUGAUGCUAGCACAGCAAGUUGCACAGAUCUUUAAUGAGUGGCGCAUUUCAGGCUCCUUCACCCCGGCUGUUUCCCUUCCUGAAUGCUCCUCGUCUUUUAGACAUUUUCUCAAUUUUCCUACUCUCUGCCUGUGGCCUCAUUUGUCGGAAAGCUAACAACUCUGUAGCAACAGAAAUAGCAAGGAAAAAACUCACACAUUCCUGCCCAGAAGUUCCCUGCUGGUCUUGUUCACAGGCACACACGGUUUGCACAAAGUUUCAGUUGGGUUGUAGGUACUCUGUUCUUUUCAAACCCUAUCCCUGAAUAAAAAUGAAAUACAAUAAAUUGUGGAGACUUCGAACAUAUACCCAUACUCAACUACUCAGAGACAGGCUCAGAGCUCAGCCCAGUUGAUGGACCUAUUCCAGGUCAGAUGGACUCAGGGCCAGUGUACCAUGGGGACUCACGGCAGCUAAGCACCUCAGGGGCGCCGGUCAAUGGUGCUAGAGAGCCCGCUGGACCCAGUCUGCUGGGGGCUGCAGGUCCUUGGCGGGUAGACCAGAAGCCCGACUGGGACGCUGCCCCAGGCCCAGCUCACACUGCUCGCCUGGAAGAUGCUCACGAUCUGGUGGCCUUUUCGGCUGUGGCCGAAGCUGUGUCCUCUUAUGGGGCCCUUAGCACCCGGCUCUAUGAAACCUUCAACCGUGAGAUGAGUCGUGAGGCUGGGAAUAACAGCAGGGGCCCCCGGCCAGGGCCUGAGAGCUGUUCUGCUGGCAGUGAAGAUCUUGACACGCUGCAGACGGCCCUGGCCCUUGCACGGCAUGGCAUGAAACCACCCAACUGCAACUGCGAUGGCCCAGAAUGCCCUGACUACCUCGAGUGGCUGGAGGGGAAGAUCAAGUCUGUGGUCAUGGAAGGAGGGCAGGAGCGGCCCAGGGUCCCAGGGACUCUGCCCUCUGGGGAGACUGGCCUCCCAGCACCAAGUACCAGGCCACUUCUUAGCUCUGAGGUCCCCCAGAUACCUCCCCUGGAGAACCUGCCCCUGUCCCAGAGUGCCCUGAGCAUCGCCAAGGAAAAGAACAUCAGCCUGCAGACUGCUAUUGCCAUUGAGGCCCUCACACAGCUCUCCUCCACACUGCCCCAGCCUUCUCAUUCCACCUCCCAGGCUUCGUGCCCCCUCCCUGAGGCUUUGUCCCCUCCUGCCCCUUUCAGGUCUCCCCAGUCCUACCUCCGGGCUCCUUCAUGGCCUGUGGUUCCCUCUGAGGAGCACCCAUCUUUUCCUCCUGAUAGUCCUUCCUUCCCUUCAGCACCUCCUAGAACUGAGUUUCCUGAAGCCUGGGGCACUGACACCCCACCAGCGACACCUCGAAACUCCUGGCCAGUGCCCCGCCCAAGCCCUGACCCCAUGGCUGAACUGGAGCAGUUAUUGGGCAGUGCCAGUGAUUACAUCCAGUCAGUAUUUAAGAGGCCUGAGGCCCUGCCCACGAAACCCAAGAUUAAAGUUGAGGCACCCUCCUCUUCCCCAGCCCCGUCCUCAUCCCCCAUUCUCCAGAGGGAGACUCCCACACCAGCCUCGGAGCCUGACACCCACCAGAAGGCCCAGACCGCUCUGCAGCAGCACCUCCACCAUAAGCGUAGUCUCUUCCUAGAACAGUCCCGUGAUGCCUCUUGUCCUCCUGGGGAGCCUCCUGCUCCUGGCUGGUGGGCCCCACCAAGCUCACCUGCUCCAAGGCCUCCAGAUAGACCACCCAAGGAGAAGAAGAAGAAGCCCCUCCCACCAGCUGGAAGUCUUGUGGGAACAGACAAAGCUGCCCCUGGGAUCAAGCCCAGUGUCCGAAAGCCCAUUCAGAUUAAGAAGUCCAGGCCACGGGAAGCGCAACCCCUCUUCUUGCCUCUCCGACAGAUUGUCCUGGAAGGGCUGAGGCCCCCCGCCUCUGAGGAAGGGCAGACGCAUGCAGCUGCCCCUGCCCCUGCCCCUGCCCCUGCCCCAAUCCCUCUCCCUCUCCCCGCCUCACAAGGCUCUGCUGUCCCGUUGCCCACAGAACCUUCUCUUGCGCUAUUUGCACCUAGUCCCUCCGGGGACAGCCUGCUGCCCCCUACUCAGGAAAUGAGGUCCCCCAGCCCUAUGGCCACCCUGCAGCCAGGCUCCGCUGGCCCCCUUCCCCCUGCUGAUGACAAGCUGGAAGAGCUCAUCCGGCAGUUUGAGGCUGAAUUUGGGGAUAGCUUUGGGCUUCCUGGCCCCUCUUCUGUGCCCAUUCAGGACCCCGAGAACCAGCCGACAUGUCUCCCAGCCCCGGAGAGCCCAUUUGCUACCCGUUCCCCCAAGCAAAUCAAGAUUGAGUCUUCAGGAGCUGUGACUGUACUCUCAACCACCUGCUUCCAUUCAGAAGAAGGAGGCCAGGAGGCCACACCCACCAAGGCCGAGAAUCCACUCACACCUACCCUUAGUGGCUUCUUGGAGUCACCUCUUAAGUACCUGGACACACCUACCAAGAGCCUGCUGGACACACCUGCCAAGAGGGCCCAGGCCGAGUUCCCCACUUGCGAUUGUGUUGAGCAAAUAGUGGAGAAAGAUGAAGGUCCAUAUUAUACUCACCUGGGAUCUGGCCCCACAGUAGCUUCUAUCCGGGAACUCAUGGAGGAGCGGUAUGGAGAGAAGGGGAAAGCCAUCCGGAUCGAGAAGGUCAUCUACACUGGGAAGGAGGGGAAGAGCUCCCGCGGGUGCCCCAUUGCAAAGUGGGUGAUCCGCAGGCACACGCUGGAGGAGAAGCUACUCUGCCUGGUGCGGCACCGAGCAGGCCACCACUGCCAGAACGCCGUGAUCGUCAUCCUCAUCCUGGCCUGGGAAGGCAUCCCCCGCAGCCUGGGAGACACCCUCUACCAAGAACUCACUGAUACCCUCCGGAAGUACGGGAACCCCACCAGCCGGAGAUGCGGCCUCAAUGAUGACCGGACCUGCGCUUGCCAAGGCAAAGAUCCUAACACCUGUGGUGCCUCCUUCUCCUUUGGCUGUUCCUGGAGCAUGUACUUCAACGGCUGCAAAUAUGCUCGGAGCAAGACACCUCGCAAGUUCCGCCUCGCAGGAGACAAUCCCAAGGAGGAAGAGGUGCUCCGGAAGAGUUUCCAGGACCUGGCCACUGAAGUUGCUCCCCUGUACAAGCGGCUGGCCCCCCAGGCUUAUCAGAACCAGGUGACCAAUGAGGAAAUAGCGAUUGACUGCCGCCUGGGGCUAAAGGAAGGGAGGCCUUUCUCGGGAGUCACAGCAUGCAUGGACUUCUGCGCUCACGCCCACAAGGACCAGCAUAACCUCUAUAACGGGUGCACUGUGGUGUGCACCCUGACCAAGGAAGACAAUCGGUGUGUGGGCCAGAUUCCCGAGGAUGAGCAGCUGCACGUGCUCCCCCUGUACAAGAUGGCCAGCACGGAUGAGUUUGGCAGUGAGGAGAACCAGAAUGCCAAGGUGAGCAGUGGGGCCAUCCAGGUGCUCACCGCCUUCCCUCGAGAGGUCCGGCGCCUGCCUGAACCUGCCAAGUCCUGCCGCCAGCGACAGCUGGAAGCCAGGAGGGCAGCAGCGGAGAAGAAGAAGAUGAUUCAGAAGGAGAAGCUGAGCACCCCUGAAAAGAUCAAGCAAGAGGCCCUGGAGCUGGCCGGGAUCCCCACAGACCCAGGCCUGUCCCUGAAAGGUGGAUUGUCCCAACAAAGCCUGAAGCCCUCCCUCAAGGUGGAGCCGCAGAACCACUUCAGCUCCUUCAAGUACAGUGGCAACGCAGUGGUGGAGAGCUACUCGGUGCUGGGCAGUUGCCGGCCCUCUGACCCCUACAGCAUGAACAGUGUGUACUCCUACCACUCCUACUAUGCACAGCCCAGCCUGACCUCCGUCAACGGGUUCCACUCCAAGUACGCUCUUCCGUCGUUUGGCUACUAUGGCUUUCCAUCCAGCAACCCCGUCUUCCCCUCCCAGUUCCUGGGUCCCGGUGCCUGGGGGCACAGUGGCAGCAGUGGCAGUUUUGAGAAGAAGCCAGACCUCCAUGCUCUGCACAACAGCCUGAGCCCGGCCUACAGUGGUGCUGAGUUUGCUGAGCUGCCUGGCCAGGCUGUUCCCACGGACACCCACCACCCCACUCCUCACCACCAGCAGCCUGCUUACCCAGGCCCCAAGGAGUAUCUCAUUCCCAAGGCCCCCCCGCUCCACCCAGUGUCCAGGGACCCCUCUCCCUUUGCUCAGAGCACCAACUGCUACAAUAGAUCCAUCAAGCAAGAGCCAGUAGACCCACUGGUCCAGACCGAAUCUGUACCCAGAGACCCUGGCAAGAUAGGCAAAACACCCUUGCCCGAAGCAUCUCAGAAUGGGGGAACCAGUCAUCUAUGGGGACAGUACUCAGGAGGCCCAAGCAUGUCCCCGAAGAGGACUAACAGUAUGGGCGGCAGCUGGGGUGUGUUCCCUUCCGGGGAGAGCCCUGCCGUUGUCCCUGAUAAGCUCAGUUCUUUUGGAACCAGCUGCCUAACCCCUUCUCACUUCCCAGAUGGCCAGUGGGGUCUGUUUGGCGGUGAGGGGCAGCAGCUGGCUCCCCAUCCUGGAGGACGGCUGCGAGGCAAAUCAUGGAGCCCCUGCAAGUUUGGGAACAGCACCUCAGCCUUGGCUGGGUCCAGCCUGACUGAAAAGCCCUGGGGGGUAGGGGUAGGGGAUUUCAGCUCUGCCCUGAAAGGUGGUCCUGGGUUCCAAGACAAGUUGUGGAAUCCAGUGAAAGGGGAGGAUGGAAGAAUUCCCACGCCGGGGGCAAGCCAUCUGGACAAGGCCUGGCAGGCCUUCGGGAUGCCCCUGGGCUCCAGUGAGAAGCUGUUCGGGGCCCUGAAGUCUGAAGAGAAGCUGUGGGAUCCCUUCAGCCUAGAGGAGGGGACGGCUGAGGAGGCCCCCACCAAGGGGGCAGUGAAGGAGGAGAAGGCCAGUGUGGAGGAGGAGGAAGAAGAGCUGUGGUCGGACAGUGAACACAACUUCCUGGACGAGAACAUCGGGGGCGUCGCUGUGGCCCCUGCGCACGGCUCCAUCCUCAUUGAGUGUGCCCGGCGGGAGCUGCAUGCCACCACGCCACUCAAGAAGCCCAAUCGCUGCCACCCCACCCGCAUCUCGCUGGUCUUCUACCAGCACAAGAAUCUCAACCAGCCCAACCACGGGCUGGCCCUCUGGGAGGCCAAGAUGAAGCAGCUGGCGGAGCGGGCGCGGGCACGGCAGGAGGAGGCCGCGCGGCUAGGCCUGGGCCAGCAGGAGGCCAGGCUCUACGGGAAGAAGCGCAAGUGGGGGGGCGCUAUGGUCACCGAGCCCCAGCACAAGGAGAAGAAGGGGAUGGUCCCCACCCGGCAGGCGCUGGCCGUGCCCACAGACUCAGCGGUCACCGUGUCCUCUUACGCCUACACGAAGGUCACUGGCCCCUACAGCCGCUGGAUCUAGGUGCCAGGGAGCCAGCGUACCUCAGCGUCGGGCCCAGCCCGAGCUGCCUCUGUGGUGCUUUUGCCCUCACACCUGGGGGCGGGUUGGGGGUGCAGAAGUCUUUCUAUCUAUAUAUACAUAUAUGGAUAUGCCUAUCAUAUAUAUGUAUUUAUGGUCCAAACCUCAGAACUGACCCGCCUCUCCCUCCCCCCCCCCUCGUCCCCAGCACUUUGAAGAAGAAACUACGGCUGUCGGGUGAUUUUUUCCGUGAUCUUAAUAUUUAUAUCUCCACAUUGUUUUAUUUUUCCCCUUGUUGGAGGGGCUUUUAUUUCCUUUGUUUUUAAAACUCUAUCCUUGUAUAUCACAAUAAUGGAAAGAAAGUUUAUAGUGUCCUUUCACAAAGGAGUAGUUUUAAAUUCCAUUUAAAAUGUGUAUUUAUUGGAUUUUUUAAAAGCGACAAUAGUAAUGGUAACGGAUGGGCAGGAAAGGCCAGCAGUGCUGUUCCCACCGGCAAGCCCAGCCUCUUAGGAACUGAUAGGUUCUCUCGGCCAUCUGCCCCGGUGAGCCAAGUGCAGCGUGUAGCCCCAGUGUACCCCUCCCUCCCCAUGGGCAGGGAGCCCCCAGACCAGCUUCUGUCCUCUGCUGGAGGAUGGGAGAAGCUGCAGAAAACCACCUGGGGCCCCUUCUCAGUCAGCAGUUGGGCAGAGGCACGCCAGGCCCAACCCAGGGUACACUGGCAUAGAUCUCCCCAGAAACCAGGUUGAAAGUAGACAGCUUCAAGCUUGCUAGUCUCCACACUGAAUCCUCUGUGUCCGUUAUUUAUCAAGUCCACAGGAUGUCAUAGUUCACUAGGCAGCAGCACCUCACGCUGAAGCUGGAGUUGAGAGGCUCCUAGAACCCUCUCCACCACGUUGAUAAGGCAAUGAAUACUGGCCGAAGGAAUUUGUCUUAGUGGCAAUUUUUUAAAAAUCGCCCAGAAGUCUAUGCUGAUACCGAAAAAGGGCUACUGUAUCUCUUAACACAGAAGUUGAACCCAAGCUGUGAAGAGCCUCGCUGGCUCUGUGCGUGGAGCUGUGCAGAGCCUGGUGCUGUAGUGUUGUGCUGGGACUUUGACUCUUGGGCAGGUUGCGUCCUGCGGGAGCUCAGCAAACCAGUGUAACAGCAGUUAACACAUCUGUCUUUUUCCUGGAUCUCCACCUUGGAUAAUGGUGCAUGCCUCCCCUGGCCCAGCCCCUCCUGCUCUCCGUGGAGGCAGGGCCUACACUUAAAGUGCAAGAGUCAAACGUUUUCAACAGGUUGCUAUGAUUUUCCUCCCCUAUUGGUGCCAGUUCUCCAUUGGAUCAUUCUCUUUUUUUUUUUUCCUCCCUCCCCUUUCCAUCCCUUGUAUCACACCCAUUCUAAAAUUCUGGUGCAUUCGUUUAGUUCUUUGAGAAGAGAAUGUGGUGCUUAAUUUUUGUGUCAUUGUUGAGAGAGGUUGGGGCAGACAGUUGGAAGCAACACUCAUCUACAGCCAGUCAGACUUCUCGGAGUGCUUGUUUUUCCUGUGGUAUUGGAGGAAAUGAUCUCAAGCUACCCGUGUGAACGAACAUGUGUGGUGAGUGGGGGCUUCAUCCGGACACACAGGGGGUGUGGCUACACAGCAUGUGAUGGCCAAGCAGAUAUUUAUUAAGCAGUUUUAUUUAGAUGUGGGUCAUCGUAAAGUGAGUUUAACAAUCAGAUGACAGUACUAAAGGCAAGCUCCUGAGCCUCCAGGUGCCUUGUGUAAGAGCUGAGACCAAUCCGCUGAGUGUUUACUGUAACUUUUCGGAAGCACUGGCGGAGAGUCGCUGUAAGAUGUCCUGAGCAUUUAUGUGGUCUGGUUUUAACUGUAAAUAGUGAAAAGAUUUUUUUAAGCACUUUUGCCUAGAUUUAAACAGCAACUUGAAAAAAAAAAGUACGUUUUAACAUGUAAUUGUGGGAGAAAUUGUAAAUAGUAGCUGAAUAUUUAACAAGCUUUGUCUAUCCUCCACUUUUACCAUAAUCUGUAAAGUUGCAUUUAUUUUACAGGACAAAAAUGAAAUAUUAUUGCUUUUGAAAUAAAUACCCAAGAGCUUAUCAGGAUUUAGAAUUAUUCAGAACUCAGAUUUAUAGGAAAACCUCUGACCUUCAGUCUGACAAGCUAAAGGAAGCAGAGUCUUUAAUGAGCAUGCUAAUUUUCUAGUUUUGAGGAAAAGUUGGGUCCUUUAAAUGCUAUUUUGCUUAUCGCAUCAGUACUUUUAUGCAGGUCUCAUUUGACUCCGUGCUUAGAUAGAUGCGGGGGUGCCUUGAAAACUUCAUUUUAAAUGAUCUUAAGCAAGAAAUACGAUAUUUUACAAAAUGUGGAGAAUGUGACCGUCUGUCUGACCCAUGGAAGCCCCAGGUUGGCUGUUGGUUUGGAAGGUCCCGAGUGUAACCUAGAUGAUUCUGACGCUUGGCAUGUGUGGAUCUCUGAUGUUUGUUAACUAUGCUCUUCCCCUUGUCACCCUUUGGUAGCAAAGCCAUUAGAUGAAAGGAGAAACCAAUACAAGCUACUAGCAUGUGAUGUCUGUCCCCCAGCCCACACAGCCUGGGGUCAUUAGCUUCAAGGCUGGAACCAGGCUGUUAAGAAGUGAGUCAAGAGGCGGGCUCCGUGGAAUGCACCCACGCCCCUCUGAGCAGGGUCCUGAGAAUUAGCUGGUGCUGUUGCCAUGCUCAAACCCAUGCUGAUUUUUACACACUACAUGUAUAACCUACCUCAAAUCUCAGUCAUUGAAAUUAGCAUGCUUUAGACAUAAUAUUUAAAAAGUAACUAUGCACAGCUCUUUAUCCCCCCUUGCUGCUGAAGGCUUCUUUAAAAAAAAAUCAAAUUUUUAUUUUUUACUGGCAUUAUCAUUUUUUAAGUCCUAAAGAUGGUUGACAAACAUUUUUAUCACAAGAAGAAAAAUAAAGCCAUUGCAACUAAAGAACCUAACAGCAUGACCAAGUUUUAAGGAUAACAUAGCAACAGAAAACGACGGAGUCCUGUAGUCAUCGCCCCACUGUGCCCUGUCCACAGAUACCAGCCACAUGUAGUGCAAAUGUUUGGUUCCUUUUUUCCGCUUUGUUUCGUUUCCCCUGCCUGUUGUAUGCAAGGGAAGUACUUGCAAAGUUCUGUGCUAAGAGAUUGUUUUUUGUUUUUUUAAGUCAAAAUCACUUCGCAGCAGGUUCUCACCCAAUAACUGGUGCUAGCUCAAGAAACCAUCAUCUUACCAUCAGAAAGCUGGACUAAUGGUGUUGCACAGAUUUGGGAGGUUUUGUUUGGGGUCUGGUUUUUGCAGGGCCUCGGUUCCCCACACCUGGCUUCCUGGGUGCUGCUUUGCCUUCUCCCUGAGGUGGACACUGGUGUGUACGGAAAGGUUUUCCACCUGCCCCUUCUGAUCCUUUCCCUGCCUCUUUUGGAAACAGUCGUUUGCAGAGCAAGGGAUUUUUAAAGCACUAUAGAAAGGAAAGAAGUCGCAGAGCUUAAUUGCUUUGCAGCAGACAGCAGCAGAUGAGUGAGAGUGGUUGGCAGUGAGUAGAUGGUGACCUGACUUCUCUGAGAGAAACCCAGCCAGACUUUGAUCUUGAUGUUUAACCACCCCGUGAUCCCAACCAAGGCAAAGCUGGUGGAAAACUCUGAUAUAUCCUUGACGUGCCUCAACCAAUAUCUCUUUCCUUUUGUUACUGAAGUGUGUUUUAUGGACUAGGAAGCAUUUUUAUGAGUUGAAAUAGUCUAAAUAAAAUGGUGCUAUGGUGUUUUAAUGUGACUGUCCCUGAUCCUGUCUCGCUGAGGUGCUAUCAACGUUCUGAAACCACAACCAACCAAAAACAAGGUGGGCUCCAGUCUCUCUCAGCUUUUUUUGUUCCUCCUCGUUUGGUGCUGUCUUCUUACACCUCUGUUUACCAUGCUAUAAUCUGCUCUGAGCAGUUUUAGUUUUGUUUUAUUGUUCUUCCCUUGGUGGCCAAACAAAGAAAGGCAAGUCAAGAAGGCCCAGGCCCCUUGCUGAGGGGCCUGCCUGGCUUGGCUGGUGCUUUGGUUUCUCGCCUGUCUUCUCAGGCCCAAUGGGAAGGCAAAGACACGCGGGGAUUUCUCUGAGGAAGGGGAUUCGGGUGCUCCUGCCUUGUCUAGCACAGCCUGUGUCUGAGCCCGAGCUGCACAUCUUUCUCCUGCGGCCCAGGUGCUGAGCAGAUCUGUCCCUGGGAGUCUCAAGGGUGGGCCAUGGAGUGGGUGCAGAGGGGUUGGGACCAUGGUGGCAAGGGGUUUGUUCUUUGCUCCUCCCAGCCGUGGCCCCAACGUAGCUUCCACUGCUUGUCAGUGGCCCCUCAUGUUGAGACUAAAGGCAGGAGCUUUCUUUGUCCCUUGAUGUCACUCAGACUGCUUUUAGUUGGUGCUAAAUUUCUCCUUGGGUCCACAGAAGUUGAUAUUUUUAAGAACUCAAAGGAAGCUCCAUUUCUGCAUCAUCCACUGUCACAAUUUUUUUUAAAAUACCUCAAAAACAGGACAUUGUGACAACUUAGAUUACACGAGGGUUUGAUACCUGCAGGUUCUGUAUUCGAUGACAUACUUGACCUUGAAGAAUCUGGGGUCAUUUUGGUUUUCAUGCUUAGUGAAAAUGGCAGACGGCUUAAAGGAUGGAAUGUGGUUGACUCUGUUUCCUUUUUAAGUUUUGCUUUUGAAUAAAAUGUGAAUUUCCUAUGCCCAUCUCAUUGAGCUUUCUCAGUCACCGUUGCUGUCAUUCGCAAUGACUCCCUCAAGAGCUAGUCUGUUAGCCAGCUGCAUCUGCUGUAGUACAUGGCCAACUGCAACAUGUCCUGGACCAAACUAACAUUUUUGAGGUGCAUACCUCAGCCUGGGUUAUACAGUCCCACACCUACACAUGCAUAGCUUUCUCCACAAGUGCGGGCCCGCCUGGCACGCCCAGCGCUUCCUCCCACAGAGCUGCCAGCAAGAGCAAAGCAAUAGGCUUCUCCCCUGAGCAGAGACCUCAGGCAGAAACGCCAGGUCUCAAGAUGAUUUUUGCCUAAGAAUCAGCGAGCUAUUUGGCCUACUUCCUCAUUUGCUUCUAUUCUGAUAUCAGGGAUGAUUUUUGUAGUGGUAUCGUUUGUGCUCUCCUCAUUUUGACUAACCUGUCGUUCAGGGGGAACUCAUCACUCUUCACAUGGGGACUUAAAAUAUGAAUUGGCUCAUCUGAACAUUCCAAAUUUUCUUAGUUCCAAUACCUUUUCUGUUUUUCUUUCUUUCUUUUUUUUUUUUUAGGGGAAAAGGGGAGAAAAACAGGAGUGAUGUCAUUUCUUUUUCAUGUAUUUAAUUAAAGAAACAAGGACUGGUUGUCUUGUGGCAUACUAAUGCAUUAGACUUAAUCUAGAACCCCUGUAGCUUUCUGGUGUGUUUUAUUUCUUAUCUCUUUGAAUUCCUGUUUGGUUACUUGGCUUCCAAUGGAGGUGAAUUUAACAACCAUACUUGAAUAUUCCGUCUUGACUUUGUAAACUGUGGCUACUUGAAAUGAAGUUUAUUUGGGGUUGAUGGAUGAAUGAUAGAUUUUUGCAAUGUCUCAAGGCAAUAGGAUGUGUAUUAAACUGUAGAUAUUCUUAGUACAGUAAAUUUAUGCUGAUAAUUUUAUUUUGUAUAAUUUUUAUCUUUUUGUUAAUAUUUUUUCUUCUACUUUAUUGGUUUGCCUCCUGAGCUACCCCUCCUUACCCCUCCCUUUUCCCCCAGUGUUUCAGUAAAUUUAAUUUAGGGUGCCUAGAAAUUGCAAGUAUGUAUCCUCUUUUGAUUUGUAUUUUAUUAUAAUUUACACAAACAACUGGGUUUGUGAACUGUAUUACUCCUGGUAUCUUUAAAAUAUUGUGGGUGUUUUAAUAAAUUUUAUAUUUAUUUUUUGCACUCAAA